UUCCCGGGUCAGCAACCUGCCCUGGGCUUGGAGUCUGGGACGCAGCGGAUCCAUCCCAGGGCGUUCCCCACGCGGGCUCGGGGGCAGGAAGACCAGGCCGAGGGCGGCACACGCUCCCGUGGCCGGAAAGGGCCUGCGCGGGCCAGGAACUUGCAGGCGGCGAUGGCCGCGGAGUGACUGCUCCGGGCACCGAGUCCCCCCCGCCGCCCGCGAUGGGCCCGCCGGCCGGGCGCGCGCUGAUCCUGCUGCUCGGGGCGCUGGCGGCGCUGGAGGCGCCCGGGGUGCGGGCCGCGGACGCGCAGGCCCGAGCGCGGCCGCACUCGCUGCGCUACCUGCUGAUGGGCGCCACGGAGCCGGACCUGGGGCUGCCGCUGUUCCAGGCCGCGGGCUUCGUGGACGAGCAGCUGUUCGUGUUCUACGAUCACGAGAGUCGCCGCGCGGAGCCCCGCGCCCCGUGGGUCAGGGCGGCCGGCCCGCUGUGGCUGCAGCUGAGCCAGAGCCUCAAAGGCUGGGACCACAUGUUCACGCUGGACUUCUGGACCAUCAUGGACAACCGCAACCACAGCUCGGGGCCCCACACCCUGCAGGUCGCCCUGGGCUGCGCGGUGGGGGCGGACAACAGCACCAGCGGCUUCUGGAAAUACGGCUACGACGGCGAGGACCACCUGGAGUUCCGCCCCGAGACGCUGAGCUGGAGAGCCGCGGAGCCGGGGGCCUGGGCCACCAAGAUGGAGUGGGAAGAGAACGCGAUCCGGGCCAGGCAGAACCGGGCCUACCUGGAGAGGCUCUGCCCCGAGCAGCUGGGGCGGCUUCUGGAGCUGGGGACCGGGGUCCUGGACCGGCAAGUGCCCCCCUCAGUGCGGGUGACGCGCCGUGUGGCUUCGGCAGCGACCACUCUGCGGUGUCAGGCUCUGAGCUUCUACCCCCCCAACGUCACCGUGACGUGGCUGAAGGACCGGCAGCCCCUGGACGCCAAGGACGCGGAGCCCGGGGACCUGCUGCCCAACGGGGACGGGACCUACCAGGCUCAGGUGGCCCUGGCCGUGCCCCCUGGGGAGGAGCAGAGAUAUGCCUGCCAGGUGCAGCACCCCGGCCUGCAGCAGCCCCUCGCUGCCACCUGGGAUUCCUGCGGAGGAGGCGGGCUUCCCGAGGCACCCUGGGGAGCUAUGUCCUCGCCGACCGUGAAUGAGGUGCAGCCUGCAGACCCCUGCGGCCUCUCUCAGGGCAUCCCGCCUCCUCCCGCGAAUGUGCGCAGGUGCACACACUUCCCGGACCCGUUUCCUUUCGAUCCUCCCCGUCUCUGUCCUCCAGCGGCCCCUCUGUCCCCGCCCUCUGGUCUCCUCUAUGGAGAGGACCUGGGUCCUUACACCGGCCCUGGGUCCUUACACCGGCCCUUGACCACGAAUCAAACAUGUGACCCUUUGGUGCAAGGGGUGACCCUCUAACCACUCAACCACACUGGCCUGGGCUCGCCUGUGCUUUCUUGCUGCUGCUGCAUAUAUUUGGUUGCAAAGCCGUGGCACGAGGCCUUCUGUCUCAGACGGCAGGUACCUCACGAGACCAAAUAUAGCUCAAAAGUGUGCUGGUAGGAACCCAAUUUGGGCAAAGAGAUCUCAACUAUUUUUUUCAGUUGGAUAAAGAUACAUGUAACAUGUGCUUGCUAUAGAAACGUUGAAAAGGAAUUAACUUGAAACUAUCAUUCCACUAGCCAAUGAUAAUCUCUACGAAUAAUGUGUGCUCCUCAGUCUUAUUGCUGUAUGAAGAUAUAAAGAGCAUCCAAUGCACAUAUUUUAAUAAAUGCAUGAUGAACUGUGUUGAGUACUGCA